AUGGAUUCUAUUCAAAACAUUUUGCUUGCUUCUUCUGGUGGCCUUCAAGUGGGAAGUAAAGGAGUGAGGAGGAGUUCAACCCUAAUUUGUGCUCCAAUAAUGGCAGAAUCAGUUGAUAAGAUGUUGAUUGAUAUGGGCAAGGCAAAAACCCUUGGUGCUGACCUUUUGGAGAUUAGAUUGGAUCAUUUGAAGGCCUUCAAUGACAAUGUUGAUCUCAAGACCCUUAUUAAAGAAUCCCCUUUGCCCACUCUUUUCACAUAUAGACCAAAAUGGGAAGGUGGUCAGUAUGAUGGUGAUGAAAAAGAUCGACUUGAUGCACUUCGAUUAGCGAUGGAGCUUGGAGCUGAUUACAUUGAUGUCGAGCUUCAGGUUGCUCAUGAAUUCAUCGACUCCAUAUAUGGAAAGAAGCCUGAAAAGUUUAAAGUUAUUGUCUCUUCUCACAACUAUCAACAUACUCCAUCUGUUGAGGCUCUUGGAAAUCUUGUUGCAAGAAUACAAGCCACUGGAGCUGACAUAGUGAAGAUUGCAACCACUGCCUUGGAUAUCACUGAUGUAGCACGCAUUUUUAAAAUAACUGUGCAUUCUCAAGUCCCAACGAUAGGACUUGUAAUGGGUGAGAGGGGUUUAAUUUCACGGAUACUUUGCGCAAAAUUUGGUGGUUAUCUUACUUUUGGUACGCUUGACUCGGGAAUAGUUUCAGCUCCUGGUCAACCUACUAUGAAGGAUAUAUUACAUCUAUACAAUUUUGCACAGAUAGGGCCUGACACAAAAGUGUUUGGCAUUAUUGGAAAGCCUGUCAGCCACAGCAAAUCACCUUUUCUGUACAAUGAAGGAUUCAAAUCAGUAGGUUUCAAUGGAGUUUAUGUACAUUUGUUGGUAGAUGACAUUGCAAAGUUUCUCCAGACUUACUCUUCAAUGGAUUUUGCUGGAUUCAGCAUUACAAUUCCCCACAAGGAAGCUGCACUUAAGUGCUGUGAUGAAGUUGAUCCAGUUGCAAAGUCAAUAGGAGCUAUUAAUUGCAUUAUAAGGAGACCAAAUGGGAAGUUAUUUGGGUUCAAUACGGACUAUGUUGGGGCUAUUUCUGCUAUUGAGGAUGGACUGACAGGUUCACAUAAAAGUGGCAGUAUAACUGGUUCACCUUUGGGUGGUAGGCUUUUUGUUGUUAUUGGUGCUGGAGGUGCUGGCAAGGCGCUUGCUUAUGGUGCAAAACAGAAGGGAGCAAGGAUUGCAAUUGCUAACCGCACUUAUGAUCGAGCCAGAGAACUUGCAGACACAAUUGGAGGAGAUGCUUUGUCUCUUGCUGAUUUAGAUAAUUUCCACCCAGAGGAGGGCAUGAUUCUUGCUAACACAACAUCUAUUGGAAUGCAACCAAAAGUUGAUGAGACACCCAUUUCUAAGCACGCUCUGAGAUCUUACUCGUUGGUUUUUGAUGCUGUUUACACCCCCAAAAUGACCAGACUCUUGAAGGAUGCUGAAGCGUCAGGGGCCAUAGUUGUUAGUGGGUUGGAAAUGUUCAUUGGACAGGCAUAUGAACAGUUUGAGAGGUUCACUGAGUUGCCUGCCCCAAAGGAACUCUUUCGGAAAGUAAUGGACAAUUAG